CGCUACGAUCCAUACUCCUCCGUUGACAAAGCCUCUCUCUCUCACUCUCUCUCUCGCUCUCUCUCUCUCUCUAUAUAUAAUUAUAUAUAUAAUCGGCGAUGCAAGGCGUCCAUAGUCAAUUAUCCGAUGGAGGCAUCCGCCUAGAACUAGCUCCAGCCACGAACUGUCCGCUGUCGAUGGACGUGACCGAGUCAGCUGAGAUGAGGAUCCCACGGCUGAUAUCCGAGAACCCUGUGAUCAUCUUCAGCCGUUCAUCCUGCUGCAUGUGCCUCGUCAUGAGGCGCUUGCUGUCCACCUUGGGGGUCCACCCCACCGUCAUCGAAUUGGAGGAGGGCGAGUUAGGGGCGCUCGCCGCUCACAAUAGCAAUUCCGCCUCCGGCGACAGGGCACCGGCGGUGUUCAUCGGCGGAACACGUGUCGGCGGAUUGGAGAGCCUCAUGGCUCUCCACCUCAGUGGCCACCUUGUCCCCAAGCUCGUAGAAGUUGGUGCUCUUCGGUAUGAUAUUUUUUAGUAAUUAGAUGUCAAUUUGGGUUAUUAUUGUAAUUCAGGCAAAUAUUAGAAAAGAAAAAGAAAAAGAAAAAGAAAAUAAUAAUAUAUAUAUAAACUACUACUUUUUAUUUCUGGGCCUGGUAAGUUUGUAGUACUAUACUAUGAACAGAUGUGAAUUGUAGAUUAGUGUGAACCUUUUUUUUUUUUAUUUUUUUCUUUGUAAUUGAAAAUGUAUCACUUAUCAAGUGAUCAGAGCCGUUAAAUCUGUAGAUUUGAUAAGUGGGUUCCACUUUGUGAAUGGUUAUGAUCAUAUCAUGCAAUUUAAGUUUCCUUCAAAA